AUGCCGCGCUGCCAUUGGCUGGCCGCUUCCCCUGAGCGAACCUUUAGAACUCCGAGACACAAUAUUCUGUUACAUUGUAGCAAAAUGGCGACUGUCAUUCACAACCCCCUGAAAGCACUCGGGGACCAGUUCUACAAAGAAGCCAUUGAACACUGUCGCAGCUACAACUCUCGGCUGUGUGCCGAGCGAAGUGUCCGCCUUCCCUUCCUGGAUUCACAAACUGGGGUAGCUCAGAACAACUGCUACAUCUGGAUGGAGAAGAGGCACAGGGGACCAGGCCUGGCCCCAGGUCAGCUGUAUACAUACCCAGCACGUUGCUGGCGCAAAAAGAGGCGUUUGCAUCCCCCUGAGGAUUCCAGGCUGAAGCUGCUGGAAAUUAAACCUGAAGUUGAUCUGCCUCUGAAAAAAGAUGGAUUCACCUCAGAAAGUACAACUCUGGAAGCCUUGCUGCGUGGAGAGGGAAUAGAGAAAAAACCAGACACUAAAGAGGAAGACACUAUACAAGAAAUCCAGAGGGUUUUAGAAAAUGAUGAAAAUGCAGAUGAAGUGAAUGAGGAAGAAGACUUGGAAGAAGAUAUUCCAAAACGAAAGAACAGGCCUAGAGGACGGCCAAAGACCCCCACCUGGAAAAAAAUUUUCCAAAAAAAUGCUCGGGGAUCUGGAGGUGGCAGGAGACGGAAUGAUGCUGCCUCCCAGGAUGAUCACGACAAACCCUAUGUUUGUGACAAUAGUUACAAACAAAAGCAUAACUCAAAAAUCUCCGACAAAGUCUGUGGCAAGCGCUACAAGAACCGGCCUGGGCUGAGCUACCACUAUGCUCACACCCACCUCGCCAGUGAAGAGGGUGAUGAAGCCCGUGAGCAGGAGACCCGCUCUUCCCCUGUCCACAGAAAUGAAAACCACAAACCCCAGAAAGGACCAGAUGGGGUCAUCAUUCCCAAUAACUACUGUGACUUCUGCCUCGGAGGCUCCAAUAUGAACAAAAAAAGUGGUCGACCUGAGGAACUUGUAUCGUGCUCAGACUGUGGGCGCUCUGGACACCCGACCUGCCUGCAGUUCACCACAAACAUGACUGAGGCUGUUAAAACCUAUCAGUGGCAAUGCAUUGAGUGCAAAUCCUGCAGCCUUUGUGGGACCUCUGAGAACGAUGACCAGCUGCUCUUCUGUGAUGACUGUGACCGUGGCUAUCACAUGUAUUGCUUGAAUCCACCAGUCUUUGAGCCCCCAGAAGGUAGCUGGAGUUGUCAUUUGUGCCAGGAGCUGCUCCGAGAGAGAGCAUCAGCUUUUGGCUACCAGGCCUGAGGAGCUCCAGCAGUCAAAGAAACACUUUGCUCCUGGUGUUGCCAUACCAGCACACAGUUCCCAUCCAGAACAUAAAGACACAACCCACAUCAAAAUGAACGGACACUCAAAUACAGGAAGAGGUACCUGUGGUAUUCACUGUCACUAAUGCCAUACCUCCUGGGCUCUACUACAAGGAUUGUGUACUUUUCCGAUGCUCCGGAUGAAAUUUCUUCACUGCUAUGCAUGGUUGCUGCUUGCCAUUAACAGGCUCACAUGCAUUAUAGAAGGGGGAGGGUUGUUAUAUUGACAGGGAGAAGUCAAUUUUGUGUGGCCUUGUGCUUUCUCUUCAGUCUUUUUGUAAAAGAAAAAGUAGUAAGAUAUGUCCCAAGGAAUUAUUGGUGAGUAGUUUGGAUAGGAACAGCACCAGAUGCUUCUCUUCACAGGCUUGACUGGAAAUCUCUUUAUGGCAACCACUCUGUAUAUGAAUGGGUGUUUAUGAGGGGUGCUCUGAGAGUUGCAAUUAGUUCAAUACUUCCCAGUUCAUGAACAACACGUAUUCACUGAUUAAAACUUUUUUGGGGUGACACUUUCUCCAUUGGAUCAAAUGCCCUGAUUUGGCAGAUCUUUAGAAACUUGUCUUUAGUGUAUCUGAAGGAAGAGCAGCAGUGAUAGAUAUUUAGAAAAGCCUACCAUCUUUGCUAUUUCAGGAUAUUCAGGCACACUGUCCCACUGCAAUGCCAGCAUACAGUCCAGCCUCAUAAUUUUGUUUUAUUCAGAAAAUUCUGAAUGGUUAUGUAUGUAACUGACUUUCUGUUGAGCUCAGAAAAUUGAACAAAAGAAAAAAUGCCACCUUAAGUUGAUCAUAGAAAGUAAAAUUGUCAAUUUUCUGAGCAAUCUAAAGUAAGCUGCAAAAAGGAACAACUUUGACUUAGGGUCAAAUGAAGCACUUUUGAUUAAUUUUUUUUAAUUUCUAAACUAAAACAUUCUGCAACUUAAAAUUUCAUUUUCUUCUGGGAAUUGCCUAAUCUGGGCUCCCAGCAAUUCCAAAGUGUUACAGUUUUUUGUCUAAGUAAUUAACAAGGUCUAGCUGAAUUUCCAAAUAAUUUUACCCCCAAAUUCUCUACAACUGCAUUUUUUGGCAAAUGAGAUAGUUUGUCAAAAAAGACCUUCCCUAGCUCUAAAGGAAAGACUAAUUUAUUGAACCUAAUAUGAAAAGAAGGAUUUUCAUAAUGAUUUUAAAAUUUAAAUAGAAAUAGUUCUACUUUAUGUAAACAAACUUCUGCAUGUGAAAUGAAGAAACAUUAAGUGAGAGCAUAAUUUGAAAAAAGUUUAUUGCAGUUGAGUCUCUUUGAAUAAUUUAAAACAUCACUAGGAGGAUAAGUACAUCAAUAACUUCUACAAGAUGCAUCUUUAAAGUUAAAAACCUGCCACUCCUUCAACUCCUUCAAGUAGCCCAGAAUAACCAUUUUCUUGGGUAUGAUGUAUAUUACUUUCUAUGCAUAGAUUUAAGUGGGUUUAUAAUAUAAAUUUAUGAGAUUCCCAAGCAGCAUGUGACUCAUGUUGCUUGUACAAGUAGGUAAGGACACUGAAGAUUAUAUUUGGCAUGUUUAUUUUGGUUGAAACUUUUCUGCAAAAUUAAAUGUCCCCAAACACUUGAAAGGCAUUGUGAAAGAAUAUUGGUAAGCUAUUUUUUCUUCCUUCUCAUGCUAAUUACACUUAGUUAGAAUGAGCUAUACUGACCUAAUGCACUUUCCCUCAUUAUUUAGAUAGUUUCUUGCCCUGUUGUUUUUUGUUCAGAAGUGGCUGGUGUCAGCUGCUGGAUUCUCCUACCUACUGUUGCAGCCUCUUCUCAGGCUGCAGCAGUAGUAUUUUAACCUGUUAAAAAAAAAUUUAGAAAGUAUUUAUCCUAAUCAUAUUGGACCACAUCUCUCUUGGAGCAGCUGCAGUUGCUACCUGCGAAAUUCAUUCAUUAUCUUAGGCUUUCCAUGUGACAACUCCUCAGAUGAUGCUGAGAGCACAAAGAAAUGCGAGCAUAAGGUGUGGGGAGAGCCAAGUGGAAGCCUGUGCACCUGCAUUAGGGGUCUGGUGCUUGUUGGGACAAAGCUCUAGAACAAAUGUAAAAUGAAGCGUCUUCCUUCCAGUCUGGAACUGCCCUGGCCCUGGUGAGCACUUGGAGGACACAGCUCAUCUGCAUGAGCGUUUACACUGUUAUCUGUUGGUGUGGUUGAACCUGCUGACGUCGUACUUUGGGACCAUCACAUGGUUCAGUCUUACACAAAGUCUUGUUGGUGCUGUGGCCAGGAGUGCAAAUAUGUAUUCACCAGAGACACCACUGUGCUCUCUCACAGAAAAUGGACGUUUUCGCAAGAGUGAUUGGAGCUGAGAAGUGUGUGUGCUGGAGGAAAGUUUUAUGGUGGUGCUGGCAGUGGGAGCAGCAGAUGUGGGUUAGUGUUUGGGUUGAUCCUCAGCUACCAGCCCUGCUGGUCUUUGAGAGUUCCAUCAUAAAAAUGGCCAUUGCCUUCCAGUUUCCUGGUAUUUGCAUUGACUUAGGGGGAGGAGUAGGACAAUGUGCAUUCUCAAAUGGAGAGGAAAAUGCAUGUUGUUUUAGCCUAUGUGUUAAGAAGACAAUGGUGGCUCAUCAUGCAAGUCUCAGGUAGCAUAGUUGGUGGGACUGGCUGGUGCAGAAUUUCAGUGAUCUCCAUCUUUGUGACAGAGACAUUGCUAAAGGAACUGUGCUCUCUGCACACACUUGCUUUUUUAUUUUGACUUGUUUUCUCCUCCCACAACCAUUCUGCAGCGAACAGUAUCUUCCAUGUUCAGAAAUACUCCUCAGUGGCCUUGCUGAAGUUUCAUCACUAAUGUGGUAUGAUGGAAGGAGAGAUUGCUAGAUCUUCAACGGCAAAACAUUGUUUGCCACCUGAGAUCAGUGUGACACAGUACUUACCCACACUGGACCAGCUCAGCUCUCCAGCUCUCUGCUGUGUAGCCAGGCAGCAGAUUAUAUGUGACCUCUUUGGCAGCAGAUUAGAUGUGAGCUCUUCCAUGUUGAGAACUUCCUCCAGCUACAGCCUCCCUACUUCACUAGCUGGGUCUAGAGAUAAGGGGCUGGAAUGGGCCACUCAGUGACAUCUUUAGCAUGCAUUCACAGCCAUACGUCUUGGCUCACUUUAGAAAUACUGAUCCUCCGAGUGAACAAUGCUGUACCAGCUUUACUGAGAUGUGGAGGGGCUGUGGCACAACCACAGGGGUUCGGAAGAGGAGUUUAGAAACCCUGAUAACUGAUUCCCUGUCACCUGCUAUCCUGCUGGGGAUAGUCUUCCUGCAUGACUGCUGGGAGGAAUGACCUGGGCGACACCAUCUGCUGUCAGGCAAAUGCUAUAGCAGUGAUCUGCUCUGGCCAGUAAAAAAUGUGAGAGCUCUGGCUCAUUGUGCUGCUCUCUCUCUCUCUCGAGCUGUCGCAAGACAUGCAAGGUUGUUGGCAGCCCCUGAGGUGAACAAACUCUAGCAUUUUUCAAAACUCUUCUGCGUAGGUAAGGCAAGCAAUAUUUUAGCACAAAUCAGGGCAAACUGCCAUGGAGGAUAGUAGAUCCUGCAUGCCUUGAAGUCUUCAAAUCAAGGACGGACAGAUUCCUAGAUGUAUUUUAAUUAAAUGCAAUCUUAGUUAAUCACAGGAAUGUCUGACUGAAAAAGGCUUAAGUUAUAGAGGAAGUCAGGCUGGAUGAUGUAAUUGUUCUUCCUGUUCUUAUUAUGAAAACAAAUGUUUACUAUGUGAGAGGACAUAUCUAAAUAAAUAAUGCAUAAUGGCCUUGAAGUAUGUUGGUUAAACACAUGCACCUGAUAUUUCUAAUUUUUAACUCAUCUUGGAUAACCUAAAAAAGGUCAGUGACAGAAAGUAAUUUUUAGUGAUGCAGUAAAUUGCACAUUACCUCCUUCAUGCCCACAAUGGCAGCUACUUUGGUGUUAGCUACCUCAGGCUGUUCCAGAGAUUAAACAAUUCAGACUAUAUUGUGUGAAACCAUGGCUUGCUUCUGGCUCUCCCUGUAUCACAUUUGAGUGCUGUUUUGCCCAGUUUUCUGUCCAUGGUGGGAAGACCAUCUGGGGAGGGGAGCAUCUGCAGUGGCAGACUCAGAAACCAGAGGGGUGGAGAAAUGGUCUCAAAAAGGGGAGCAUCCAAGGGGUACCACUGAGGAGGUGAACUCAUGUUGCCAUCACAGAGCCUCCCCUGUAGUUUGAAAAAGGCAAUACCUUUAAGAAACAUUGCACUGAGUUUACAGCAUUUCUGUAAAUGUACCUCAGGCCAGUUCUGAAGCUAGGAAAGUCACUGUUAAGUGUGUUCUUUUGAAGCAAAUGCUACUCUAAAUAACUUUGAAAUCAUUAUUUCUCAUCUCUCUUUAAAAUGAGUGUAGUAAAUUCUGCCCCAAAGGAAGACUCUCCCUCACCAUGCAGUGUUAAGGGGCUGUUCCAUGUUCUUUACACCUACAGUAUGUGUUUUGACAGGGGUCAUUUGGGCGGUGAGAGUGGAUGGGGGUAGAAAGGAAUAUUAAUUAAGCUUGUCACUGCCAGAGGGAUCAUGUGCAUUGUGGGCAAGAAAAUUCCAGGUAGGGCUGGGCAUGAUUUUUCUGUGUGGAGUAAAUUCAUUUUUAAAAAAUGUGCUUUUGAGAGAACCGUAAAUUAUUCACAUAUCCAAGUCCAAUCUGGUAAAUUAGUUCUACAAAAAAUAUGGGUGAAAUAUCAGAAGAGCUGAAAAUGAUUGUUUCGAUCUUUUGAGAAUGAAUCACUUCCAUAUUUGAAUUUCAAAGUUAAUCUAAUUUAUAUUGGGAAAAAUCUUGCACCAGUCUGGGAGGGAAGAAAAAGCAAAUCUUAUGGAGGACAUGAUUAAAAGAUCGAUUGUCUAGUCAAUUUUGUUAUGGGACGCUGUGGGCUGUUCAAGAGGAAGUCACCUGACAGUUUAAGAGUUGACCAGUUCUCCGUUUCUGUGAAAAUAAGUUCUGUGGAGAGGAGCAGGCAGACAGGACAGGAAAGCCCUCUUCUCUAACCAGUUUAGGUUCAUUAUGAUCUUAGCAUCUCAUACGUUUGCAUGAUACGCUGCAUGACAGGACAGGGGAAGUAUGUAGCUGAGCAGGGUGACCACCACUGCAGGUGGGUGCUGGCCCAGCCCCCACAACAAGAGGUGUCUGUAGAAACAGCCUGUGGCCAAACAGGCAGAGGUGCUCACAUCCUCAUUGCCCAACUCAGACCUCAGCUAACAACAGCUGACCUGAACGGCAGACAGCCUGUACAGCAGUGCUGUGGGUUGUGCCGCUGCUGCCGACAUGGACAGUCAGAGCUGCUCUGAGCCAGUCUGGGAGCAGGACACUGCACCCUACCUAAGCAAAGUUAUAAAGCACAGGAUUUAUUUCUACUUAAAACGGGGAUUGCAGCACUGAAGUGGGCAGGUGCUCAAAUCUAUGGCUUGCUUCUGGAGAAAAGGCAGGAUGGCAAUUAGGUGUUUUUGCAAAGCACUUGGAGCCUACCAAUGGUGUGCAAGCCCUGAGUGCUGCUAUUUACCACAGUGCUGCAGACCCAGGCUGCACUGGCAGAGUAAGAAGAACUACUCUCCUGGACUGCUCCUUACACCAUUUAUUACUGCCAGCCAUGGGCCCAUGACACUGCCUGGGAGAUAGGAACAGGUGACAAGCCAGGAGUUUAAUGCUGAAGGACCAAGAUCCUGCAGGAGAAACAAAAAAAGGUUAGUUUUUGUGGCUGUGCUUCUCCUCUGGUAAAAAAGGGCAGGAGCUGGGACUGGCAGGCAGCCAAAUCUGUCUUCAGUGGUGAUAUCAUUACCAGCAAUGACCUCCAGCCCCAGAGGCAGUUAAAUGGCAUUUUGGGGCAGGCAUCAAACCUGGUCUGGUUUACAUAAGGUAAACUCAGGUUUGCUGAAGGGGAAAGGAGAGGAGGUGGGGUGUUCCUGGUUUGAAGGGGACUAAUUUACAAGUGCAGCUGCCCAGCCCGCUCCCUGUCAUGUCCCCAUGGCAGUGUAGCAUCUCCAUUCUAUCAGUGCUGGUGCCAUCAUCUGGGGCCAAAGCAUCAAGUCCCUGCUCUUGGGGAGUAGUUUUGCAGAGAGAGUGCUGACAGUGUCCCAGCUCUGUCUGUGGUGGUGCUGGCUGGGGCACAAGGUCUCACUGCACUGCAGACAAGGGUGAGAGUGACUGAGGUUCUCAGGCAGUACUCCCAGGCCUUGGGGUUAGUGGCUGUCUUGGAGGAACCAGGCUGCAGGAUGUGCAAAUACAAUUUUGCUACCCUGAUGGCCAAGCCUGAGCAGGGUAGAGGACAGGUGUGUCACUGUCUUGUCUCUCCAGUUGCACCACUGGGGUAUUUGGCUAGCCCCACUACCACUGUGCACUGAGGCACUUAACUGAGGGGGGAAGGUAAAGAACAGCAAGUACUUCUGGGGGACAGAAGGCUUUUUAGGAAUUACCCUCUUAUUGUAUGCCAGUGAGAAUGCCAGGCAUUUUGCAGCUGGGGAAUCAAGCCAAUAGCUUAUUAAUAUUUCUUGUGCAUUUCUGCCACAUUGGAUGAAAAUAUAAAGUAUUAGUGCAUUUAGAAUAUAUUUUGUCAGUGUUGUUUUGAAAUGAGGAAACUAAUAUUUUCAGAUCAGCUUACUGCCCUUUGUGUGCACAAAGUUAACAGUAGAACAUUUCAUACCUGAAAACUGCUGAUUUUUCAGGUAUUGAUAUUUUCUUUCAGAAUGUUGUCAGUCUAGUCAUCCACCUGAUUCAGUUCAUUGUAACAAACUAUAGGUUUCACCUCCACAGUGACUCAGGAAAUAUUUCAUCUCUUCCUACUUUUCAGGAGCUAGGGAGAGAGAAGGGAAGGUUUUAUUCUUUGUAUUCUGGAAGACUGAUAAAUGAUGACACAUUCAUUUCAUGUUCAUCUCCUUUCCAUGUCUUGAAUGAUUGAAUUGCUUGGCUGGGAAAGCGUUCCUUUUUGUAGCAGUCUGAAGGCUCUUUGCUAGCCUUGUCUCACCUGUGUAUGAGAAAGCACAGUCCAACAUUUCGUCCACUUGAAUAGGACUCUUCCUGCUACUGCCAUAUAAAACUUUGAAACUGCUAAGUCUCAUCAAGGAGCCUUGUGCCUACAGGAUUUCCUUUCUAUUUCUCAAGAUUUUCUGCCUGGAAGGCCAAAACCUCUGCCACAUACGAAUGCUGGUGGAACACAGAUUUCUUUCCAGCCUUGACAUCCUGCUGCCACUGGACACAGGACUGCAUUUUGAUGUUCACUAUGCACUGCCAGUGUGAAAUUUGCCAGAAACACUAAAAGAGAAGUAUCUGCUGAAAAUCAAAGGACAAGACACAAGUAUUAUACCUAAUGUACUCUUCCUUCGUAGCUCUCCUAGGAGUAAAACAGUGGAGAUGUGGCCCUGCAACCUUUUGGGAAGCCUAUUGCAAGUGCAUGAAGAAUUUCCAGGUGUCAUCUCCUCUGAGCUUUAUUACAGAAUAUCUUUCCUUGUUCAUUCUCAUUUUUUUCUUUUCUUAUGAUAUUUCAGAGACAGUAUGUACUAAAACUGAUUUGAAAGGUCUAGAGGAAUUCAGAAAUAGAGAAGUCCAAAUCAAACCAUCAGCUUUUAUCUCUCCCUUGGAUGUGUUCAGUAAACCUUUGAUCAUUGCAGGGAAUCAAACUCAUGUGUUUAUUUUAUCCCAACUCCACAUUAAGGUCAUACAAUAGUUCAUAUAGACCUUUUAGUUAUAAAAUGUUCUUUAAAAAGAAAAACAAACCAGGGAGAAACAUUUCCUCUUUUCCUUGAUGGCUUUCCAUUUUUGUGCUGCAGCAGAGAUCAGCAGUCCUGUUUACUUAGACUUUCUUCCGUCACUGCAGCCUGGGUCAGAAGUGAUGGGGAUAUGCCUGGAGAUAAUUUAUUUCAUUGAAUUUCAGAUUUAAAGAGAAGCUCAAGAGCAUUUAAGUAAAUUGUCAUCUUUGCUAGACAGUCUGAUCUCCUAAGAAUCAGAAGCUUGUGUACAUGUUAAUUUAUUGGUUCACCUUUUCUUCAUUUGCCAUUUCAGAUUGAAUGUGCCACUGGUAUACACUGGUAUUUUUUCACUAAAAGUGGUAGCAAAGAAACAUAAACAAUUAAAAUUGGGGUGAAAAAGACUGAGUUAUGAUCUUUACUGUUGAUCCUUUAUUUGACUUUGGGACUACAUUGUCCUCAUUAUUCAAAAGGAAAAUAGAAGGAAGAUAAAUCUACAACACCAUAGCAGUUCUCUUAGAUAAAAGCUGUGUUGUCAUCAACUUUUAAGUGUAUUUUAAAAUGCUGAAUAAUGAUCUCAAAAUAGUGGCAUGCCCAUUAAUACAUUGGCAGAGCCUUACCUUGUGAUGCUAUAGUAUAGAUUUUUAAUUAGAAGACUUUAAGUUAUAUAUACAAGUAUAUAUACAUAUAUAUUUGUGUAUCAUAUUAGUGUUAUUUACUGUAAACUUUGAUCUAGAAUAGCUCUAGAAUCCCAAAAUAAGUAUUACUUACCUUGAAGGAAAAGAAGGAGGAAGGAGAAAAUCCUAAUUGUUUUGCAAAGGUGUGUUAGCAUUCUAGCAUAAUAAGGCAAAACAUUAUGCCUUAUAACCUAAUGUCAAUCCUAUUUGAGGUAUGACUUAUCAACACAUGAAAGAGUACCAAUACUUUAAAAGGUGAGACUGAUUCUCAGCUGUUCUCAGUCUACAUUCCUCCAUUGACUUUAAGUGAAGAGGUUAGCCUGGUGUCCUAAAGAGGCCCAGGCUAAGUAGUCUUAGACUUUAGUCUUUAUUAAAAGUCUUAGACUUUAAUAUUUAUUAAAUUGCUUUUGGUAAACUCCAUAAAAGAGUGUGGCAAAACAAACACCUGAAGAGAAGUACAAAGAUCAGCGUUUACAGAGCCAUUGUACUGUCUACUCUUUUAUAUGGAUCUGAAUCAUGGGUCAUUUACUGCCACCACUUGCGUCUCUUAGAACGCUUCCAUCAGCGUUGUCUUCGUACAAUCCUAAACAUCCACUGGAUGGAUUAUGUGACCAACACGUCUGUCCUUGAACAGGCAGCAGUCACGAGCAUUGAGGCCAUGCUGCUGAGAACACAGCUGCGCUGGGCAGGGCACGUCUCCAGGAUGCAGGACUACCGCCUCCCUAAGAUCGUGCUCUAUGGGGAACUUGCCACUGGCUGCCGCAAGAGAGGAGCCCCAAAGAGGAGAUACAAGGACUGCCUGAAACAAUCCCUCAGCCUUGGCCAUAUUGAUCAUCACUAUUGGUCUACCCUGGCCUCCAAUCGGGAGGCCUGGAGACAGACACACCAUCUAUAACGCUGCUGCUGCUUUUGAGAACACACGCAGGAUCACUCUAGAGAAGAAAAGACAAUGCAGAAAGAAUCGCGUCUCGUUGAUAUCACCUGGGGAGUCUUUCUGCUGUGCCUUCUGCAACCGGACUUGUCUAACUUGCAAUGGCCUUUUUAGCCAUCAGCGUGCUUGUAGCAAGCGUGGGUAGAGCCCUUCUCAAAUCUUCAUUCGUGAAGCCUAGCCAUGAUGAGACUUUAAUAUUUAUUAAAGUGCUUAAUAGUUGAGCACAACCAACACAUGUAAGAAAAUAGUUAUUUCUUUCCCAGAUGAGUUUAGUCUAUUUGUGCUCUGUUCUCGAUCAGCCUGGUUCUGGUGAUGCCAUGUCACAGGCUCCAAGGGAAAGUUAGAGUUCUCAGCAAAAGAUAGUGAUGGAGCAGACACAAACCAGGGAAAAUUUCUCUCUAACUUCAUGGAGCUUGAGUUUGAUUCAGCAGCUUUCAGUGUACUGCCUUCUGAUUCUCUGUAAAUAGUCCCUUACUGCUAUAUCAGGAAGCAGUGGACAGCAGCAUAUUUUCCUCUCCUGUAUCAGACCUCACCUCAGUCAGCUCUAACCUCCCCUCUCUUACCCCUUUCUAAUCUGUUCUAGUCUUUUGAUCUGUCUCUUCAUGUGGAAAUCCAUUCCAGCCCCUCUCAUUUUUAGCAUCUCUCCCUGGAGUCAGUCCUCUUCAGCAUUAUUUGCUUUGAGACAUGCACCCAGGAUACACCAUAGGUUUAUUGAGUUGUGUUUAAACCUUCUAAGCUUUUACUCUCUCCCAAUGAUAUGUCCUGACUCUAUGUCUUUGCUUUUUAAUCAUCCUGUGAGUGAGCCCACCAUCAUCCCUGCGAUAUUAUUCCUUUGUGGUUACAGCUCAUCUCAAAGGAACCUGUAUUACAGCCAAGUGAAGCUAUGCAGCCUUGCUGCCGGCACACACUCUCCCUCCUUUCCCCAGUGCUCCAGCUGGGGAUGUGGUCAGGCUGCCGGCACAUGAGAUCACAUCCAGCAGGGCUACUCUCUGGAAGCCAAAGUGUUGCUUAGUAACCCACUCAUGGAAGUACCAGAAGCAUUUUUCAAUCUGUCACAUUGGCAAAAAACACUGGCUUCUUGAUUUAGAGGCAUUCUGCUGUGCAUGGCAGGGCCGUGCUCCAUUAUCUUGCAUCCAGCAAUAUCUGCAAGUGAGGAAAUGAACCUCCCAUUUAAUGGAGGUGCUGGGGAAAAGUGGGGGUGUGAGGCACAGAAAAUAUUUGUCUAGGAUCGUAUGUGAAGCUUUUAGCUGGUUCUUCUGGCAUCCAGUCUUCAUCUUAACUCCCUUCCCGUGGGAGAUAUUCCCUGCUUAUGAAAGUGCACUCCAGGGUCCUAUAGCAAUUGGCCAAACAGGACCCUGCAGCACCUUCAUCUAUUAUGAGACAUUACUGCAAUAAAACAUGGUGUGUCAUACAGAAACUGGAUGAGGUAUUGCAAUAUUUAUGUUGUAAGUCUCAGUGUCAUGGACAAUUGCUACAGAAUAAUGUAUGUCUUUUUUUAAUGCAGUGGAGUCACAGCAGCUUCACAAGAGCACACUGAACACAGACCAUCUGUGACUGCAUGGUUUCCUCAGUUAUUUUCAAAUUAUUCUGUUACAGAGACUUACAUGAAAAACAUCCUCUCAUUUAAAAAUAGACUGUAAAGACUUUUAUGAUAUUCCCCCUUUUAAGAGUAAUUCAAUUUGGCAUCAAAAUAUCCAAGAACUGUGUUCUGACUUCAGAGGCUUAUUCCUUUAUCUGGCACUGGUUUAUCACUAAAAAUGGCUUCAAAAAGUAACUUGAGGGCUUUUAUUUGAGGUACCUUAUUGGUUUUGCUAUCACAUCUCCUCAGUUUGGAAAUGAAAAGGUAUUUUAAAUGAUGCCUAGCUUUGAACCCUGGAGUCCAUCUGGACUCUUCCCAUCUUGUCAUCAGAGACAGCAGAACCAUAGUCUGUGUCCAGCCACGGUAUCAUGCAUUUCUGUGGCUUGCCUCCUGUUGACAGACUGUGUCCUGGAAGGCCUUUUCAAAUAACUGAAGGACUUUUAUAAGGGUCUUGGAAGGUCCCAGGAUAGUCUGAAGACAAGGUUGUUAGACAAGUGUACCCGAGAGGCUCUCUUGGUCUUCAGAGAGUCUCUUACCUGGGAUGAUGCUCAAUGUGGCAGUGAUGAAAUCAGCAAAGUUUGUUUCUUGUUUAAAGCCCUUUCAGUGAAAUGCACAACAGUUGUGUGCUAAGGCUUGGCUCAGCAUGAAGAUGAAAAAAUAUGAGAAGCUUACGACUUGAUUUCUGAGAACUUUCUGAGGAACUGAGCACAUUCCUGUGGUCCUUCCUGGUCUAAUAGAUAAAUUUGGGUAUGGGAUAAAGAGUCUUCCAAAUUUAUUGGUUUUAGUUAUAUUUUUAUUGCGCAUAGUUUAAGAAAUGCAGAAAGGGAUCAAAAAAUGUUCCUGAUGACUGGUCAGCAUAAAAGCAAUUGAUCACCGGCUGUGGAUCCCAGUACAGAAGUGUCUACAUCACAGAAAUAUUCAGAAUGAACUGGUUUGUCUAGAGGGCAGGGAGUAUUUUUGGCAGGGCAGCAAAGACUGUGAAAGCCUGAUCUACAUUUUUAAUUCUUAGAACUGGCUACCCCAGCUCAGAACUGAUGGAAAUCUUACAAUUGUGAUGCUUUGCUCUGUGGAAAGAGGAUUCAGAGAAGCACUAAGUGUACAAUGCAUUAUUUGUUUUAAAAGUAUCAGGGUAUCUAUUUCCAGUCUUCUAAUACAUUAACCUUGAAGUUUGUUUGUAAUUAAAUAGUCUAGACUUACCAGUAAGGCAUUGAAGCAAAGGAAUCAUUGUUAUAAAGACAGUGGGCUAGGGAAGAGCAGGUGGACUGGAUAACUUCUAGGCAAUACUGAGAAAGCACAUCCACUCCCUGCAUUCACAGGGGAAAGAGUAGCUUUUUCUUUGCACAUACUACACAUUCUGCAUCAUAAAAUUAUUUGAAGUGGGAGUCAUUUUAGACCUACCAAGCAGGAGAUGUUCUACUAGCAUUAAUUCUUGUUUCUUAGUUUUUGGGGUUUCUAUCUGCUCAUUUACUCAUAGCCUUCUUUUCAACAUUUGAGGAUGCUCUAGGUUAUGUCUGUCUCAGCUAACUGGGAUAUGCCUGCCUUAUGGAAACAACAAAAUAUGGGUUGGAAACUGCCCCAUUCCUGGCUGUACAUACACCUACCUAUACAUGAUAUAAUGUAUGUUGAGUGACCACAUCAUAGUGGUUUUUGUAAUGUAAUAACUGUGGUGUCAAGCUAAUGUGGUUGGAAAAAAACAUACAUACUUACAAAUUAAUAUGAAUAGAAAAAUCAAUGUCACUGAAAAGGCAAUACAGCUGAAGAAUUCUUACUGUGAGCCACCACCAUGGUUUCUACAAUAUGUCAACUUCUGUAUCCCCUAAAUAGCCUUUUAUCCUCUUUGCAGCAGAACUGAACUUGACUUUUGUGUCAAUACUCUGAGAUGGAGCCACUGGUGUUCAAUCUUUUCAUGAUGUGCUGAUGAAUCAAAAACCUAACCUUGUCAUGGGUUUGUGAACUUCUGUACCUUCCCACCAAAAUAAUCCAAUGCCAGUCAGUGUCUUGGUUUAAUGACAAUAUGUUCAGGAGGUGAGACCUCCAUUGAGAUGAAGUCUCCUUUGUUGUUUAUUUCCCUGCCUCCACCCCCAACAGAGACAAGGUAAAAAUUAGGAGGAGUCUGAAUGAAGAAGGAAAAAUAAUGAUUUUACUAAAACUGGAAAGAAACAAAAAAACACCAAUAGCAGAAAAUAUUACCUAGCUAGUCCCCUCCUCCCUAGGUUAAAACAAAACCUGGAAGGAUAUUUCAUCCAAAGGAAAGUCCUGUGCUGCUGAGAUGAUGGCGUAGGUUAUGACACAGCAAACCAUGUGGAGUGACAAUGGCGGGGCUGGGCUGGCCUAGCGCGGUGCUGGGGCUGGGUAGGCUUGGUCUGAUGCAAAACACAGCUGCAGUUGAGGUGGAAAAAUGUCACAGUUGAGGCAGGGCAGUUCCUGGGAAAAGACUCCAAGAGUCUAUUCACUCCUGAGAGAAAAAAAAACAGGUACAAAGGGAAAGAGUUUCGGUCUGUACCUGCCUUUAUCUCCUGUCUCCCGAGUUCCUGGGAUGCUUCACUUCAGGACCCCACCUUUCCAGCAGGUCCCAAGAGGCCGAGGGCAGUGUUCCCAUAUCCAGCUCAGAGGAUGGCAGUCCCCCACACUCCAAAUGAAGUGGUGGUAUGAAAAAGUCCCUAAAAAUCCUUCCCGUUUAACUAAAGCUACAAUAGUCAGUGAAUAGCCUGGAGGAGUUUUGGAGGCUGAAUGAAGUGUGCCGUCGAGAUGUUGGUCUUCAGGGCGAUAGUGCUAAGGAUGUUUUGCACUGACAUUCGUGAGAAAAACCCAGCAAUCUCAGAUGAACCCGAAUGUCUAUUGGUCACGUGGUAAGUACAGAUGCAAGCCAAAACAACCAAGUGAGGGGGAACAAAUAAGGGCUCCUGCCUGAAGAAAACCCUAGAUACCACUCUCACUUCAGAGGAAAAACCUUCUGAAUCCUGGGUGACACAUAGUUAGGCUCACAAGGCUGGAGAGACACAUCUCUGUAGUGUGUUUGUCACUGUGUCUUUGGUUUUGUAAAUGUACCAGAAUAGGAGAAAAAUGCCCAUCUUUCUUUCAAAUCCCUUUUCAGCCAUGUACACUACCUCCAGGUUGCCUGUUGCUACACCCUGUGAGGCCUUAUUGGAGUUUACACUAUGUUUCUUGGAAAUCGUUUACUUUUGGUGGCCACAGACUAAGGUUACAGGUUUGGGAACCAGUACAUAAUUGUAAGGACAGUUUCUUGUGUUACUUUUUUUCCCUUUCCCUCCUUUGUGAAGUGUGAACCUUUCUUUUGAACUCUGAAGUGACUGUAUUGUUACAAUGUGUGUAUGUAGAAAUUUGUUUUGACAUGGCUUGUGUGGAGGACCUUUGCUCUUCUUAUCUCACACUCAGUUUUAUUAAGUGCUUGAUAGCUUUGCCAGCCUUUUGUGGGGGAGGAGAGGUGACAAGGUGGCUUCAAAACUUGGCUUUUUUUGAGGGAAAUUUGCCCAGCUUUACAUAGAGCAGUAUAAGAAUCCAGGGUGCUCACAAUUGUUCUUCAGUCAUCCUAAUCUGAUUGCUUCCUGGAGAAAGAGAUCGGCCUUGAAACCCUCAGAAAAAAUGUAUUGCUUAAUGCACUAACCAGCACUGAGCAAGAAGGCCCAUCAGUUUGUCAUGCAUGGAAACUUGCAUGAUGUUUCACCCCCGCCUGAAGGUGUCUAUUGAGCACAGAGUGAAUCACGACAACUCACAUUGCUCUGUGGAUGGUAAUGGAGCCACCAUAGCUUGUACCAGCCAAGGAUCGGCCCUUCCAUAUUUUGGUGGUUAGGAAACCUGUGAGUGAAAUCCUACAGGGGCUUGAGACAAGGGGGCAAUGUGUGUUGGAAACCUCUCAAUUCACAGGAAUUCUUUGGUAUUCAUACACAUUUGCAAGAAUGUAUUCCAAGCAUCUUGUAAUGUUAUUAGCAAUUUGUAUUGUAGUUUGUUAGCUGUGUUGACUACCUGCGUAGCUAAUAUUCUGUUGCAACUUAGAAAAAGUGUAAACCAUUGCAGAAAACAAGAGUUUAGAAUUUGUAUGUACCUUUUUUUUUUUUUUAUAUUAAAGCACUUCGAUUAAAAGUACAAGGAAAAAUGCU